AUGGAGAAUGGAGGUUGGACUAAAGACUGGAAGAGUAUUACAAACGUGUAUAGACACGUUUUAAAUAAUACUCUCAGCCCAAUUUUAGAUAGAAAAAGGCCUCGUCAGCAGAGUCUUGGUGGAGUGCUACGCCGGGAGGGAAACUGGAAAUGCUUCCUCCUAACCCUGAUGAUCGCCGGCUGUCUUGGUUCCGUCGUGUGGUGCAAUACAGCUGAAAUAGAUAGACAACUAAUUGACCUCACAAAGUACCCAAUAAAGCAGACAGUACGAGAGUCACCAUGCGACGUUGGCUAUGCGUACAUACCCAUCGCGUUCGUUCUGCUCCUCUACUUGGUUUACCUGGUGGAAUGCUACCAUAGCACCGCAAGGAUCCAGCUCGCGAGACGAGUCGAUGUAGCCGCUGUUUCAGCGAGGGUACACGCCAUGCGAACAGCGUCUCCGCGAGUCUGGUGGAAGGCCAUCUGUUACCACUACGUUAGGAGGAAGCGGCAAGUUACAAGGUAUCGGAAUGGCGACGCUUAUACGACAACACAGGUAUACUAUGAACGGGUGAACACACACAGUGCAAGUACGUCGUUCGCGCAUGCGUGUUGCGGUCAGCGGGAUGCGUCAAGAAACUUAGUCUUGGACACUAAAACACCAAUCACUAAAGUGAGGUUCAGCAAAGGCUUCGCGUUCGCUAACAUUGAAGCAGCUAGCGAAUUCGAAGAUCAAAGAUCGAGGUUCUUCGCCGAACACGAGAGGUUUGACGAUUUUAUGGAGAUGCGCGAAGGUCUGGAUUUGAUUGGAGUCAGCUCGUUUAAGGAGUACAUGGUUGCAUACAGGGAUACCGAUCGAUGUCCUUGGUACUCUUCUCAGCUGCUAUUCUGGACUCUUUCUUGUCUUCUUCUAUCUUGGCCUCUGAGAAUUAUUAUAGAAUGCAAUACAGCGUAUGUGCAUUAUACGAUAACGAAAAUAUUCGGCACCAAUUACGAACUAGAUCCAAGUAGACAACUAGAUCUAGACACACAUCUAUCAGACACCCUCCCUCCAGUCCCUGCAACGAAUUACGCUUGGGCACUAGCAGACGAGCAAAGCGCUGUUCUCUGUUCCGCUCCCAGACCACCAAGAACCCUUCCUCUAUCGCACGCUUCAACGGUAGAUAGCCUCGAACUCUUCGCAGCUAUACGAGGUAACUGCGCUAUUGUUCCAUCAUACUCAGAAGCCAUGCGCAUUGACGCAGCUUUACGCGAAGAACCAGCUGAAAACCCCGUUCUAAUCAAUAUAGAAGACAGACCGAACAGACCAGCAAUAAAAGCGGCCUCCUUCGAUGAACCACCUCGGCGAGCAAAGGUUACAAUAUCUGGCACGCACUCCAGCCAUAAUAUAGCUAGUAGUAACGCCGCUAAACAGCAGAACAGACGGUCGUGGGCUGGCGUUCUGACGUCAGCGAGAAGCGCCAGACAAAUUUUGGAAGAAUUCAGCGAUAGCGUCAACUACGAGCAAAUACAAGAACCACAGCAAAGCAGAGAUAACACUGUGUACUAUUCCAGAGAUUUAUCUCCGAUUUCUUCCAGAGAUCCCUUCGGUGGACGAGCUCAGACCACUCCAACUGAUGAGCCACCAUCUUACGAGGAGGCACUCAAACUGCCCGCGUUACGCAGAUUAACUAGGUCCAUAACGGGCACAGAUUUGGCUGGCCCCAGGCGGGCAUUUUUGAGAGAUGUCGUUUCGAAUAGACGGUCCUGCUUAGAAGGGGUGGGUGUGUUAGCUGGUUCUAAAGUUGUGAGGUUACCGUGCAGCGAGUCCGGAGAAGAAACGCAUCUUUAG